AUGCGUACGACACCGGAGUACGUGGACCAAUUUUACAAUGAUUUUGGCGAGUACCAGACGGUCUACGAAGACGGGACGGUGGUCGUGGCCAGGAUCCGGCUGGAGGUGAAAAAGGUUUUGUUGCGACCCAUAUCCGCAUCCGAGUUAAUCGUGAACCCGAAUAUUUCGGUACCAUUAGGCGGACCGCCUGAUCGCCUGCUGAUCACCGUGACAAGCAAGUGGUUUACGCACGUUUUUGUCGUAGAGUACCGUCCGGAACGGCCGCUAACUUAUAUCAUUGCGUCGUCUUUCACUCAACAUAUUUCCGCCGGACCAGUCGUCGACCAGCCAACUCUGAAAACGACUUUCACUGCAAGUGACCCGCUGCUCAGAAUCCUAAAACACAUACCUUCUCCUGAAAUCGAAACUUCCUCUUCGAAUAACACUACCGGUAAUAUACUAUCUAAUUUAGCCAAAAACAACCCACUUGCUAGGAUCUUAAACCGGGUACAUAAUUCCGCCAAAAUCACCGUUACCCGCCAUCCAGUUAGAAAACUACACAAAAUUAACACUUUAGCAGUUCUUCCUAUAAAACCAAACAAAGGUAUAUUACUGUCUGAAUACUCCGUUACCAACUUCAAACGUUUUGUACAUACAAUUUUGCGAGAAAAUGUUCACUUGCCCAGGUCGUGGACGUUUUCCAGAAUUCGGCAUCGAUUUGUCGAGACGUUUUUCGAUAAAUUCACUCUCCAACAACGUCGGACGACCAUGUCCCGCGAUCGUAUUAUGUAA